AUCCAUAUCCUGUGUUUAUACGUUUCUGUAAAACUGCUUUGAGACAACGCCCGUUGUUUAAAACGCUCUACGAAUAAAAAUCGAAUUGAAUUGGAGAAGGCUAAAACUUACUUACUUAUCCGAAACAUGCUUCUGUAUUCUAUAUACACGAGCUAUCGGAUGCUUCUGAUUGGUUAUCGAUAUGGGACCGUCGUUCUCACCUGGAAAGAAGUUGCACCACUUAGGAGUCCUACUAAAUUUCUGAAAUUCUGAAAACUGGAAGACUCGAGUGCUAUAGGAGGUCAUUUUCACCAAGUCUUGUGUCACAUGAGUAUCAGUGAAGAAGUCUAGACCUAAUGUGCGCUACUGUCCAGUGUAAUCUUAAUAAUCUCAGGGGAGGCUACACCAAUCCGUGCCCCGUCCACUCCUCACCCGCCAUGAUUACCAGGCCCGGUCUCUCUGGAUAACUGAAGGAUCAUUGGAGAUGUUCAGUAAUGGAUGCAGAAUUGAUUAGAUGUAGUCUACAUGAUUAAAGUGAGACUGGUGUUGGGAUUAUAGGCUUGUGUAGCUCUGGGCUUCCCAUAAAAUCCAAUUUGAACGGGAGACUACUUCUUCUUCCACAGACACAACGGCAGUAACUAACCAUGAACAGUCUGUAUAAGUGAACUCUGUUCAACUCUAUUGGACUGAAAGUAAAGUUUGGUUUUUUGUUCUCUACACUAUAUGACUGAUCGGUUAAGAUCAGGGUUUAGAUGUUAAGCAUCUAGGAUUAUGCCUGCUAAACUUGAUUAAGCUUGUCAUUUGAAUCUUGUCCCAAAAACCGGUUCUAGACCAACAUUUAUUCCCACGGACGUCUUUCAAAGACACAAUGCAAAUCUUUUUGGGUUAUUUAUAGUAACUCGAACUACAGUAGGCGAGGAAGCUUUGGUUUUUUUUUCGAGCGUUUAAUUGGACCUCAAGCACUCACUGGUCUUAAGGUGGGGCGGAUCGGUUGCUCCCUGGGAUAGGCUCCAGGUUCCCCGUGACCCUGAAAAGGAUAAAGCGGUAUAGAAGAUGGAUGGAUGGAUGAUAAUAAUAAUAAUAAUAAUAAUAAACAUUCCUCAAUUUACUUCAUAACUAUUCCUUGGUUGAUGAAGUCAUUUAAAUAUAAAUACUAAAAUAUAGGGUGUUCAAAAACUUCACUGCCAGUGUACAUUCUUUCUUCUUUCUUUUUUUUUUUCUUUCUUUCUUCCCUUGACCGAGAUAAUAAGGCUAUGUUCUAUGCUCAGAUGUGUACGCUGCCAGGGAAAAGUGUUUGAACACCUGCUGGUUUUUUUUUUUAUGUUUUAGUCCAAUCACUAUUAUUCUUGCAGAUUAAAAAAAUAAAUAAAAUGAAAAAGCACAGAACGGAGUGAAAUAAGAAAAAAUAAAUAAAUAAAAAUCCCAUUAAAAAGCAUAUGUUUGUAUUUAAGACCGAUCUCUCAGACUCGAACAGGGCUCUAAAUUAUGCGUAAUUUAAAGUGCAUUGGAAGGGCAGCCCAGUGAAUCCAGUAGAUAAAAAAGAAAUAAAGUCACAAACAUUAUUUAAUCAUCAUUUCUUGAAGUUGAACCAAAAAUGCAAAGGUACUUUAUGACAUUGUGUCAUAUUUUCUUUUACCGUAUGGAAGAAAAGAAUAAAGCGGCAAAAACACAAAGCACCUGUAAUUUACUUCGUACAACUCAAAUACUGUCCUGCGGCAGCUGUGUCUUCCCAAGCGCGUGUGAAAUAAAUGAUUAACCCGCGAUAAGCCGACGUCGUGACGUGAGCGUCACUAAUAAAGACCCAUCGUUUCCUGAGAGGGGACGUGUUCUUGAAACCACGACCAUGGCUCUCGUUUCCAUUUCCAUUUUCUGCUUGCUGACUCUGGUGUCAUCUGGUGACGUCGAUGUUGAGGAUCAGCCUCACGCCAUUCGCGCCGGGACGACUUUCGCGUUGCGAAAUUACACCUCGAUCCUUACCGUGCCCAAUGGAGAGAAAUUCGGGAUCUGGAUGUGGUCAGAGCUGUGUCCUGACAACUUCUACGCUGUGGGAUUCAGCCUGAGGGUCGAGCCUAACCAGUACGCAAAUGAUGACACGGCUCUGAACGGAAUCCGUCUCUUCUGCGUCCAAAAUGAAGACCGUCGCUUCCUCUACAGUGUGGAGUCCCAUACCGGACAUUUUGGUGAGUGGACGGAACCUCGGUGGUGCCCUUCUGGUACAUUGAGCUCGUUCCAGCUGCGUGUGGAGCCUCACCAGGGCAUCUUCGGCGAUGACACGACCGCCAACAACAUCCGCUUCCGCUGCAGCAGCAACCCGACGAUGGAGGGCCAGGGCAUGGCCUGGGGAGAGUACGGAGAAUGGAGUAAUAACUGUCACAAUGGGGGCAUCUGUGGCAUCCAGACCAAGAUGGAGCUGUACCAGGGCAUUCUAGACGACUCGUCUCUCAACGACGUGCGCUUCCACUGCUGCACCAAGAGCCAGCAGUGAGAUCAGAACAAGCCUUAAUCAGAUUUCUAUUGAGGAAAAUGUAAUUUUUUCAUUUUUAAAAAUUACACAUGCAGGUCAAUUCAAUCUCAGAGUACUGAAGGGUGAUGGAAUGAUAUAUGAUGGCAUCAAUGUUCGGAUAAAGGUCAGGAUACGCUUUUCUAAGAGUUGCCAUGGAUACAUCUACAACAAUCCGAAAUUAUUAAAGAGCAUAUUAAAGAGUAUUAAAGAGUAUUAAAGAGCAUAUAUAUAUAUAUAUAUAUAUAUAUAUAUAUAUAUAUAUAUAUAUAUAUAUAUAUAUAAUUCACCUUUACAGUUGUAUUGCUGUAAAAUAAAACACAUAUAUUGUUAAGUACUAAACAGAACAAGAGCAUUUGUACAGAUUCCUAAAUUAAAUAUAUGCAAAUUUUAAUUAAAAAAAAAAAAGAAUGAAAGAUGUUUAAUGAGUAUUCACAUUCACAUUCUGGUCCUUGAGAGAUAAUACAAAGAGAUCAAGCUGAGAUAAAAACGUGCUGUUUGUUGUUGUGAUUGCAAACGCACUUCAAUAUUGUUGUCCUUAUCUUACACACUGCUUCUGUUGAUUUACGGAUCAGGCAGUCAACAGGCCCAAAACACGACGCACAAACAAUGGCAAAAAUAAAUGCGAACAAUAUCACCUUCAUCUUCCUGGUGCCACUGAUUUUUAAGGUGUGCAUUAACACUAAUCAAUUAACUCUCAUCAAAUACAUUAACGCUCAACUGUACCACCAUUGAAAGAUGGCGACUUUGUUAGUAUAUGAGCGGAAACGUGAGAAUGGUGCUUCAGAUUGUAAUUCAGAUUGUAAUUAUGAAAAGUAAUGAGAAAGUAAUGAUUGGUUUCUGAAGAAUAGAAUAAUAACAGACCACUUACAGGCAUAAAGCGCGUUUAUUACUUACACAACAUAGGGAAUUUUUUUAUUUUUUAAACUAUCAAAUGACUAAUCGGUUAUUUUUUCUGGUGCAAGACUUCCAUGAACAGCUGGUGUAAUAAGGUGUUGAUUAAUCCUCAGUAGCUCUAACAGUAGUUCCUGCUGUAAUUCAAAUCAAAAUUUCUACCAAUGAAAAAAAUAAAUGUAUUGCAAACAGAGAAUUGUUGUAUCAUUUUUGGAAGGAGUCUCCAGCGUCAGUGCGUUUGCUUUUGCAACUUUUGCUUUUCCGACUCGAGAACGUCUUCAGGAACGGGGAGUUUAUACUUCGUGGGUUUCUCAGUAAGUUUUGUCUUAUUAAUUAAUUUAAAGUGCUAAAAAAAAAAAAAAAAAAGAGGCUGGUGAUGGAACGACUGUGAUGUUUAUAGCUGCUAUAGCGUAAGAGAUAACAGGAAGUAGCUUGCUUCAUGGAUGUUACAUGGCAUUAAAUGUAACUAUAAAAGGUUGAAAAGUUUGAAGUGUCAUUCUUUAAUAACUAUAAAAAGUGUAAUAUUUGGCAUA